UGGCGUUCACAGAAGCAUACAUUGUGCAGGCGUGAAUAUACAAUUUUUUUCGUAUCUUAACAAUAAAACCAAAAAAUAAAAAUAUAUAAAAAAAUAAAUAUUUGUGAAAAUAUAAAUUUUAUAUGAAUUUUCAUACAAAACUUCAACAGUCCAAAGGCUAUAAAAAUCCAACCAUAUAAAAGUAAGAAAGAAAAAAAUUAUAUUGUUUUUGGCCAUUUUUUCUUGAUAAUUGUUGUGCACCAAUUGUUGCCAAAACAAUAUAUUACCAGUGUAAAAAAUAAAAAAGCUAAAAUUUAUAUAAAAUAAAUAUAUACAACUAAAAAAAAAAUAAGUUUUUGUCCUCGUCAUAACAAAUAAGUGUUUAAAAAUUUAAAAAAAAAAUAAAUUUAUUUGUAAUACAUAUUUUGUGCAUCAGUUUAAUCAAAGGUAUUAAGCCAAACAAUUUUGUUUUAAAACUGCAGCUACAUAUCUGAGUUGUAAUAAUUUCUCCCCCCCCCAAAAGAGUAAUUUAUUUGGCAUUUUCUCCUAAAAAAAAUAAAUUUAACGAAUUUUAAAAUUAAAAUUCCAACUAAUUUUAACCAAUUAUAUUGGUUAAAUCAACAAAUGGAUUUAGCAUUUAAAAUACAAAUAAUGUGUUCGUGGAGAAAAAUGCUGCUAACACUAGUAUUACUUUUGGCCAUUGGACGUUCACAAUCGGUUGAAUUAACAGGACAAGGAAUUAAAGAUGCCAUUGCCGAGUAUAAUAUGCUGGAAAUUAUAAAUGAAAAUUUUAAUGGCAUUGAAUUCGAUUUUGCUGAAGAUGGUUUUCCUGCCUAUAAAAUAUUACAAAUUGCCGAUAUAAAAUCUCCCUAUCGUAUGGUUUUGCCAGAAAAACUCAAUGAUUUUGCAUUGCAAACUACGCUGCAACCCACCUCAGCCAAAGGUGGUUACUUGUUUAGUGUUGUUGAUCCCUUGGAUACAGUGGUGCAGUUUGGUUUACACUUUUCCCCUGUCAUCAAAGAUUGCUGGAAUGUGUCGUUAAUCUAUACAGAUGCCAGUGUUAGUCCAGUUAGUAAGCGUUUGGUUAGUUAUCAAUUGCCAUAUGAACCCAAGAAAUGGGUUACUCUAGCCUUUAAAGUGUUAAGUGAUAAGGUAGUGUACUAUUAUAAUUGUGAAGAGACUGAAACGACACCGUUGAUAAGAGAUCCCAUGGAGUUGGUGUUUGCUUCAUCAUCAACUUUAUAUUUAGCACAAGCUGGCGCUAAGAUGGGUGGUAAUUUUGAGGGUUAUUUGCAAAAACUUAAUGUUUAUGGCAAUCCAGAAGCUCUAGACAUAACAUGUAUUCCACCUCCCAAAAAUACGGAUUUACCCUUUGAUUAUAAUGAAAUUGAUUUCGAUGUAGGUGGUUCUGGUCUGUUUUCCUCUGAAGAUGCUUCCGGCGACACUUUUAAUUGGGACGAUGCCACAAGCAUUUACGAUGGCAGUGGUAUGCCGCCACCACAGUCACAAUACCCACAUGAAAGACCAUAUCGUACCAUCAAAGGCGAGAAAGGUGAACGUGGCCCUAAAGGUCCUCCUGGUGAUAGUAUACGUGGUCCUCCUGGACCACCAGGUCCUGCUGGUCCUAAAGGUGAUCCAGGUUCAUUUCCUCCCUUUAUUGAUUUUGCUAGCAAUCCUGAGGCGAAAUACACUGGCAAU